AUGACAAGCCCGAGCAAACCUCGCCUGGUCAUCAUCGGCUCCGGGUGGGCAGGCUUCUACCUGGCGGAGAACAUCGAUCUCAACGCGUAUUCCAUAACCUUGCUCUCUCCCCGUCGCACGUCGGCGUACACGCCACUGCUCGCCUCUGCGGCAGUCGGUCUAUUCAACUUCUACCUGGCCGAAGAGCCGGUGCGCAGCAAAUCGCGGUCCGCCCUGCGCUUCAUCAAAGCCAAUGUGCUCGACGUGAAUUUCCAGACCAAGACUUGUCGCUGUGCCCCGGCCUUUGAUGACGACCCAGAACUCGCCAAGGACGAAUUCGACGUCGAGUACGACUUCCUGCUCCUGGCGCCCGGGUGCAUGCCGAACACGUUCGACACUCCCGGCGUGUCCGAGAAUGCCAUCUUCAUCAAGAACGUCUCGGACGCGAUGAGAGUGCGCAAGACGCUCUUCGACCUGCUGGAGAAGGCGUCGCUUCCCAACGUCACCCCCGAACGUGCGCGGGAACUCCUCCACGUCGCCAUCGUCGGCGGCGGCCCCACCGGCAUCGAACUCACCGCCGAACUGGACGACCUGUGUCAGGACGAGCUGCGGCACACCUACCCUCUGGUCGCACAGUACGUGAGCAUCUCCGUCUACGACGUUGCGCCGCACAUCCUGAGUGCGUACGACAACAAGCUGCACGAAUACGCCGCGAGCCAGCUGGAACGGCGCCAUAUUGACGUGGCGCCCAACACCAAGAUCGAGCGAGUCGACGAACAGGCACUGUACAUCAAGGACAAGGGCCGAGUGCCCUACGGCAUGCUGAUUUGGGCCACAGGCAACAAGCACGUCCCGUUAUUGGACAAGAUCGACGUCAAACUGUCCCAGCGCGGCCUCAAGCGCAUCUUGACCGACGGCCACCUCCGGGUGUUCAAGACUGGGGAGACUGGCCAAGUCUACGACAGCGUCUUCGCACUGGGCGAUGCCGCCGAUGUCGAGGGCGCCUCGCUGCCCACAACCGCCGAAGUCGCGGUGCAGAAGGCACGGUACCUCGUGCAGAACUUCGCCGCCCUGGCCAAAUCUCUCGCAGCAGCAAAAUCCGCUUCUUCGCCCUCACCUGCAACGUCGGUCCUCUCCUCCACCGACGACGCAUUCAGCACGCCCUUCACGUACUCGCAGAAGCAACUGGUGUCGUACAUCGGCGCGCACGACGGCGUCAUCGCGGGCAAGGGUCCCAACCAUGAGGGCUGGACGGGCCGCAGUGCCUGGCUGGCCUGGCGCAGCGGCAGCCUGAUGUGGAACCGCAACUGGCGCAGCCGCGUGGUCAUUGUUGUCACGUGGGUCCUGAAUCGCGUGUGGGGGAAGGAGAUCGCAAGGAUGUGA